GUGUGUGUCCUUUUGAUCGUUUUAGUUGUAGUUUUCACUCAUGUUUUUGAAAGAAUUCAUGCCCAUCUUGUUUAGUCCUCAAGUCAUAAUGUUUUUGGUGUCUUUUGAAAGUAAAAUGGUUGGUGGACUACUUCGUUUUCGAUUUUUGGUUUUUGGGUAGGUUCGAUUUUUUUUUCUUUGCUAGGUUCAUGGAAUUUUGGAAGCUGGUUCUGUUAUCUUAAAAGUAGUUCUGCACUUGUUCAUGUCUUUUCAUGAUCAUAAACUUGCGUGGUCCAAACGCUGAUGGGGAAGCACAAAGUGAAAACAUGUGAUUGUCUUGAAAUACCUGAAUUUUGUUUUGUAAUUCUAUGGUUUUGAUCAGCUGGGUUGGAUUUAUCAUUGAUCAGGUAGUUUUUACAAGGUUAAAAGAUAACAGUGACGACUUGGGUUCAUGAUUUUUGGAACUGGGCUCAGUUGAUCAGGUGUAAGCAGCAAGAGGUAUACAGCUUCUUCCUACCGAAUUUUUUUCAAUUUGGGUGGUUUUAGUUCUGGUUCUGGCUUGGUUUUGGAUCGGAUUCUGGUCUAGAUCAGAUAGCAAAGAGUGGUGUCACUGGCCACAGUUAUGGCGUCCAAAGCAGAUUCUAGACGUAUGUAUUCUUGGUGGUGGGAUAGUCAUGUAAGCCCCAAGAAUUCGAAAUGGCUUCAGGAAAAUCUUACAGAUAUGGAUUCGAAAGUGAAGCUAAUGAUAAAGCUCAUUGAAGAGGAUGCAGAUUCUUUUGCAAGGAGGGCAGAGAUGUAUUACAAAAAACGGCCAGAGCUUAUGAAAUUGGUUGAAGAGUUCUAUCGAGCAUAUCGCGCAUUAGCUGAAAGAUAUGAUCAUGCAACUGGCGUCAUUCGCCAGGCUCAUCGGACUAUGGCAGAAGCAUUUCCUAAUCAAGUUCCUUUCAAUAUGUCAGAUGAGUCACCUGGUUCUGCUACUGACGGUGAACCCCAUACACCUGAGAUACCGCAUUCUGUGCGAGCAUUCUUUGAUCCUGAUGAAUUGCCAAAGGAUUUUUUGGGACUCUCUUCAUCCAACUUUCUUGCUGGCAAGAGAAAUGGUGGUUUUGCAGAAGAAUCUGAUUCAGUAACAGGAAGAAAGGGUCUAAAGCAGCUCAAUGACCUGUUUGGGUCUGGAGAGAAAGCAAGCUAUGCGAAGUUUUCAGAAGGAAGAGCAAGAAAAGGCCUUAAUUUUCAAGAUGUGGAGGGAGAUAGAGAUAGAAGUGCCCAGAGCAAUGGGAGCCGAGAUCUUCAAGCUCAGGCUGAAUCGGAUAUUGAUCGAGUGGGCAAAGCUGAGGCAGAAAUUUUGAACUUGAAGAAAGCCCUGGCCAAAUUAGAAUCUGAAAAGGAAGCAGGAUUGCUUCAGUACCAACAGAGUCUGGAGAGAUUAAGCAAUCUGGAGUCUGAAGUCUCUCGUGCACAAGAGGAUUCCAGGGACCUUAAUGAACGAGCUAGCAAAGCUGAAACUGAGGUUCAAAAUUUGAAGGAUGCCCUUAUGAAAUUACAGGAAGAAAGGGAAGCUAGUCUUCUGCAAUACCAGCAGUACUUGGAAAAGAUAUCCAUUCUGGAAAACAGUAUCUCUUCUGCCCAAAAGGAUGCUGGACAACUUAAUGAACGAGCUAGGAGAGCUGAAACUGAAGUUGAUGUUCUAAAACAAGACCUUGCUCAGGUAGGAACUGAAAAAGAUGCUGUACUUGCACAAUAUGAAGAAAGUAUGGAGGUUAUGUCAAAUCUGCAGAACAAGUUAAUGCAGGCCGAGGAGGGCGCUAGACAAAUUAAUGAGCGAGCAUAUAAAGCUGAACACGAAGUUGAAACCCUGAAACAAGCAGUUGCCAAAUUAACAGAAGCAAAGGAAGCCGCUGCUCUCCAAUACCAGCAGUGCUUAGAGAGAAUUUCAUAUCUUGAGCAAGAACUCUCUCAUGCUCAAGAGGAGGCACAGAGGCUAAACACUGAGAUAGGUGAUGGGAUUGCAAAGUUACAGGGUGCUGAAGAAAAGUGUCUUCUUUUGGAAAAAACAAAUUACACUCUGCAAUCAGAGUUGGAAGGUUUAGUUCAUAAGGUGGGAUCUCAGGGUGAAGAACUAACGGAGAAGCAGAAGGAGUUGGGUAGACUAUGGGCUUGUGUACAAGAAGAGCGGAUGCGAUUUGUGGAAGCUGAAACUGCUUUCCAAACAUUGCAGAAUUUGCACUCUCAGUCUCAGGAAGAUCUAAGAUCACUAGUUUCAGAGCUUCAGAGCAGGGCUGAAAUCCUGAAGGACAUGGAGAUGCGUAAGCAGGGUUUGGAAGAGGAAGUUCAGAGAGUUAAGGAGGAGAACAUGAGUAUAAAUGAGCUCAAUUUGUCUUCGGCUGUGUCAAUAAAAAAUCUUCAGGAUGAGAUCUUGAACUUGAGGGAGACAAUAAAGAAACUUGAAGAAGAGGUUGAACUUCGAGUGGACCAGAGAAAUGCUCUUCAGCAAGAGAUAUACUGUUUGAAAGAGGAAUUGAGUGAAUCAAAUAAGAAAAACCAGACUAUGCUACAGCAGGUGGAGUCAGUUGGCUUUGAUCCAGAAUGCUUUGGAUCAUCUGUGAAAGAAUUGCAAGAUGAACACUCGAAGCUAAAGAAGAUUCAUGACACAACUCAGAUUGAGAAAGUGGCUCUUUUGGAACAAUUGAAGAUCAUGGAGAAACUCAUGGAGAAAAAUUCUCUUUUGGAGAAUUCUCUUGCUGAUUUGAACGUUGAGUUGGAAGGAGUAAGAGAAAAAGUGAAGGCAUUAGAAGAAACAUGUCAGUCACUUCUUGAAGAGAAGUCCAAUCUUGUUGCUGAGAAGACCAGCUUAAUUUCUCAAUUACAGAUUGCGGCUGAGAAUUUAGAGAAUAUAUCAAGGAGAAACACCUUUUUGGAAGAUUCUCUUUUAGAUGCAAAUACAGAGCUUGAAGGAUUGAGGAUAAGGUCAAAGAGCUUAGAAGAUUCAUGCCUGCUGCUUGAUGGCGAGAAGUCUGGUCUCAUUACUGAAAGAGAGUGCUUAGUUUCUCAGUUGGGUAUUACUCAUCAAAGGCUGGAAGAUCUGGGCAAUGGAUAUGCAGCAUUAGAAGACAGACUUUCUGCUCUGGAGAAGGAGAGACAAACUGCACUUGGCAUGGUAGAAGAGUUGCGUAUGUGCUUGGACACUGAGAAACAAGAACGUGCCAGUUUUGCACAGUUAAGUGAAACCCAGUUGGCUGAUAUGAAGUUGCAGAUCUGUCAUCUACAGGAAGAAGGCCUUCACAGGAACAAAGAAUACGAAGAUGAACAAGAUAAAGCUUUUAAUGCUCAAAUUGAAAUCUUAAUUUUGGUAAAAUUCAUACAAGGCCUAGAAGAAAAGAAUUUAUCUCUCCUCAUUGAGCAUCAAAAGCUCCUGGAUGCAUCACAAAAGUCGAAGAAACUGAUCUCGGAGUUGGAGAAAGAAAAUGUUGAGCAAAUUGCGGAAAAUAAAUCUCUGUCUGAGCACAAUAAAGUACUGAGAAUGGGGCUUUGUCGGUUUUUGAAGACCCUGGAUAUUGAUGAUAACCAUGGGUGUGCUGAUAAGGUUGAGCAGGAUCAAAGACUUCUUAACCUUGUACUUGUCAACCUUCAAGAUACAAGAAAAUCUCUGUUUAGAAGUUUUGAUGAAAGUCUACAAUUCGUAAUUGAGAAGUCAGUUCUUGUGACCAUAUUGGAGCAAUUAGAGUUGGAGGGGGCUUAUCUUCUGACAGAAAGAGAUGCUCUUGAUCAGAAAUCUGUGAACCAGUCUGAGCAGGUAGUGGCAUUGCAGUUAGAGAAGCAGAAGCUUUGGCAGGCUACUGAAGAAUUGAGCUUGAAAAUUGUGGAGGGUAAUCACAGGGAGGAAGUGUUGACGAAUGAAUCAGAAUGUCUUUGUAAGCAGCUGUCGGACUUGCAAGGGGAGUACCAAAAUCUACAGAAAGACAAUUGCGAGGUACUUGAAGAAAAUUUAUCCUUGGCGAAGAUAGUCUCAGUUUUGGGAGAACGUAAGAGCUGCCUAGAAGAGGAAAACCUUGUUAUGAUUGGUGAAACAAUUUAUCACAGUAAUCUUUCUCUUGUUUUCAAGGAUAUUAUCUCCCAAAAUAUAUUAGAUCUUGAUCAGCUCAGUGAAAGAAUGAAUAAGCUUCAUCUUAACAAUAUCGACCUUGAGGAGAAGGCAAAAACAUUGGAGGACAAGUUGGAAGGCCUACAAAUUGAAAAUUUACACCUAAAGGAGUGUUUAAAUAAAUCAGACAGUGAGCUGAACAUUGUUAAGUAUUUCAAUGAUGACUUGAGAACUGAAAUCACUUGCUCAAAGGAUCUGCUUACUCAGAAGGAAAAUGAAAUUUUAUUGUGGGAGGGCAAAGCGAAUACAUUCUUUGCUGAAUUGCAAACCUCCAACAUUUGUAAUGUAGUACUUGAAGGAAAGAUUAGUGAGUUCACUGAUGAAUUUGCUAGGCUCGAAUAUAGAAGUAAUUCCAAAGAUACAGAGAUUGAACUUCUGAAACACGAAGUUGGUAUAGUAAAAGACGCAAACAGAGGACUUGAAGCUCAGAUGGUUGCAUAUACCUCAGCUGUUAAAUCUUUGAAGAAAAGUAUUACAUCUCUUGAAAAUCAUAUAGUACUGGAAGGAGAACCUUCUAAACUUGAAAACAGAGAAAUAGAGGAUACUUUUUUGGUGUCCCAGAAUGCUGAAACCUCUCAAUCAGAUGAACUUCAUACUGCUGUCAUGGUACCAGAUGGAAUUUUGGACUUGCAGGACUUUCAAUCGAGGAUUGAAGAUAUUGAAGUGGCCCUAAUGGAGAAGGAAAAGAUUGUGAUGCUUGAAUUCUUAAAUACUGGCACCAAACUGGAUGCUGCAAUGAAGGAAAUUGAAGAGCUAAAGGCUAGAGGCAGAGAAAAUGGUCAAACUAGCAAGCAUAUUUAUGCAACAGAGGAAGCAGAGGAAGUCAGGGGUAGUCAUAAACUUAACAAAAACCUGAGGGUGCGGACGCGUAGCCACGAAAUCUCUGAAUUGGGUAAUGAAGUCUUGACAAAAGACAUUGUCCUUGAUCAGAUAUCAGACUGUCCCUCUUAUGGGAGAAGCAAGAGAGAAGCAGUAGAGGCCGAGAAUCAGAUGCUCGAGUUAUGGGAGAUUACUGACCAGGAUGGAAGCAUUGACUUGAAAGUUGGCAAGUCUCAGAAGGUUACUAUGGCAUUGAGUGAGCGUCAGACUGAUGCAGGCAAAGCACACAAGAGGCAAAAUCCCUCUAUGGAAUCAUUAAUGGAGAAAGAGCUUGGUGUGGACAGAUUAGAGCUCUCAAGGCGAUUUUCAGAGCCCCGCCAAGAAGGAAACAAGAAAAAGGUUCUUGAGAGACUAGAUUCUGAUGCUCAGAAGUUGUCUAACCUUCAAAUAACGGUGCAAGAUUUAAAGAAAAAGGUAGAAACUACCGAGACGAGCAAAAAGGGUAAAGCUAUCGAGUAUGAUUCAGUAAAGGGUCAAUUGGAAGAGGCUGAUGAGGCAAUCACAAAGUUGGUUGAUGUGAAUAGAAAACUGACAAAGAACUACGAACAUGUUUCUCAAUCCGCAGAUGGAUCAGUGGCUGCAACAGGUUCAGAUGAAAGUGGUAGUGUCAGGAGAAGGAGAAUCUCGGAACAGGCACGAAGGGGAUCAGAGAAGAUUGGUCGUUUGCAAUUGGAAGUUCAGAGAUUACAGUUCUUGCUACUGAAACUUGAUGGUGAUCAGAGAGAAAGUAGCAGAAGAACUAGGAUCACUGAGAAUAAAUCAAGAGUUCUCCUGCGCGAUUAUCUCUACGGCGGCGGUGUUAGAACUGGAAGGAAAUACAAGAAAACACCUUUCUGUUCAUGUGUGCAGCCCCCAACUAAGGGAGAUUAAAGCAAUUAAAUCUUUUAUCGGCCAAUAAAUAGUUAUAAAAAGUAAUGAGACUAGCUCCAUUGUCCAUAAAUUUUCCUUUUUUACAGUAGAAAUUUAUGUAGACAGUAAAUGUUUUUCUUUUUCUGGUCUUUAGUUUUGAGAUCCUGAUGUACAUGCCAGGCCCCCGUCUUAAUCAAACGAUGACACUCUCAUGGAUCAUGGAGUUGUUUUUACAAUAUUUGUUUAAUAAGUUUUGCCAGAAAUGAAGCAGGUUCUACGUGGUAAACCACAAUGUCAA